AGCCGGCCGCCUCCCGUGCCCAGCGCGCCGCUCUGCUGUGCCCUGCGCCCCUGCCCCGCGCCACCUUCUGCGCCCGCAGCCCGCCCGGCGCUCCCGGUGACCGUGACCCUGCCCUGGGCGCGGGGCGGAGCAGGCAUGUCCCGCCCGGGGACCGCUACCCCAGCGCUGGCCCUGGUGCUCCUGGCAGUGACCCUGGCCGGGAUCGGAGCCCAGGGCGCAGCCCUCGAGGACCCUGAUUAUUACGGGCAGGAGAUCUGGAGCCGGGAGCCCUACUACGCGCGCCCGGAGCCCGAGCUCGAGACCUUCUCUCCGCCGCUGCCUGCGGGGCCCGGGGAGGAGUGGGAGCGGCGCCCGCAGGAGCCCAGGCCGCCCAAGAGGGCCACCAAGCCCAAGAAAGCUCCCAAGAGGGAGAAGUCGGCUCCGGAGCCGCCUCCACCAGGUAAACACAGCAACAAAAAAGUUAUGAGAACCAAGAGCUCUGAGAAGGCUGCCAACGAUUAUCACAGUGUCCGUGUGGCCCAUGAAGAUGUCAGAGAGAGUUGCCCACCUCUUGGUCUGGAAACCUUAAAAAUCACAGACUUCCAGCUCCAUGCCUCCACGGUGAAGCGCUAUGGCCUGGGUGCACAUCGAGGGAGACUCAACAUCCAGGCGGGCAUUAAUGAAAAUGAUUUUUAUGACGGAGCGUGGUGCGCGGGAAGAAAUGACCUCCAGCAGUGGAUUGAAGUGGAUGCUCGGCGCCUGACCAGAUUCACUGGUGUCAUCACUCAAGGGAGGAACUCCCUCUGGCUGAGUGACUGGGUGACAUCCUAUAAGGUCAUGGUGAGCAAUGACAGCCACACGUGGGUCACUGUUAAGAAUGGAUCUGGAGACAUGAUAUUUGAGGGAAACAGUGAGAAGGAGAUCCCUGUUCUCAAUGAGCUACCCGUCCCCAUGGUGGCCCGCUACAUCCGCAUAAACCCUCAGUCCUGGUUUGAUAACGGGAGCAUCUGCAUGAGAAUGGAGAUCCUGGGCUGCCCACUGCCAGAUCCUAAUAACUAUUAUCACCGCCGGAACGAGAUGACCACCACUGAUGACCUGGAUUUUAAGCACCACAACUAUAAGGAAAUGCGCCAGUUGAUGAAAGUUGUGAAUGAAAUGUGUCCCAAUAUCACCAGAAUUUACAACAUUGGAAAAAGCCACCAGGGCCUGAAACUGUAUGCUGUGGAGAUCUCAGAUCACCCUGGGGAGCAUGAAGUCGGUGAGCCCGAGUUCCACUACAUCGCGGGGGCCCACGGCAAUGAGGUGCUGGGCCGGGAGCUGCUGCUGCUGCUGGUGCAGUUCGUGUGUCAGGAGUACUUGGCCCGGAAUGCGCGCAUCGUCCACCUGGUGGAGGAGACGCGGAUUCACGUCCUCCCCUCCCUCAACCCCGAUGGCUACGAGAAGGCCUACGAAGGGGGCUCGGAGCUGGGAGGCUGGUCCCUGGGACGCUGGACCCACGAUGGAAUUGACAUCAACAACAACUUUCCUGAUUUAAACACGCUGCUCUGGGAGGCAGAGGAUCGACAGAAUGUCCCCAGGAAAGUUCCCAAUCACUAUAUUGCAAUCCCUGAGUGGUUUCUGUCGGAAAAUGCCACGGUGGCUGCCGAGACCAGAGCAGUCAUAGCCUGGAUGGAAAAAAUCCCUUUUGUGCUGGGCGGCAACCUGCAGGGCGGCGAGCUGGUGGUGGCGUACCCCUACGACCUGGUGCGGUCCCCCUGGAAGACGCAGGAACACACCCCCACCCCCGACGACCACGUGUUCCGCUGGCUGGCCUACUCCUAUGCCUCCACACACCGCCUCAUGACGGACGCCCGGAGGAGGGUGUGCCACACGGAGGACUUCCAGAAGGAGGAGGGCACUGUCAAUGGGGCCUCCUGGCACACCGUCGCUGGAAGUCUGAACGAUUUCAGCUACCUUCAUACAAACUGCUUCGAACUGUCCAUCUACGUGGGCUGUGAUAAAUACCCACAUGAGAGCCAGCUGCCCGAGGAGUGGGAGAAUAACCGGGAAUCUCUGAUCGUGUUCAUGGAGCAGGUUCAUCGUGGCAUUAAAGGCUUGGUGAGAGAUUCACAUGGAAAAGGAAUCCCAAACGCCAUUAUCUCAGUAGAAGGCAUUAACCAUGACAUCCGAACAGGCGGAGUUUCCCUGCAGAAGCUUUCUCUUGCCUGCCACCGUGUGAGAUGUGCUUUUGCUCUUUCUUCAUCUUCCACCAUGAUUGUGAGGCCUCCCCAGCCAUAUGGAACUGUGCCUCACUCUAGUCCUGACCCUGUUACCACCAAAGUAUCCCCACUGAGGAACUUCUAGUGAAUAUAUUUCAAGAAGAAGGGAACUAACCCCAGGAAGAAGACUGAAAGCUUCAUGAGGGUAAACUGAGACUCUUCGCUAUUGAAAUUCUAUUGCCAGGCGCAUCCCCCAGCCCACAGUAAGUACUCAAAGAAUCUUUCUUGAAUGGCUUUAUAACCAUUUUUGAUGGAGAAAUGUAACAUAUGGGUAUUACCCUUUGGUUUUUCAUUUCUCUAGUCUACAGAUAUUUGAGCACCGAUCACGAUGGUUAAUUUUAGGUGUCAACUUGUUUGGAUUAAGGCAUACCUAGAGAACUGGUAAAGCAUUAAUUUUAGGUGGAUCUGUGAGAGUGUUUCCAGAGGAGAUUGGUGUGUGAGUCAGUGGAUUGAGUGGGGAAGAUCAACCGUCAAUGUGGGUAGGCACCAUCCAGUCAUCUGGAGGCCCGGAAAGAAAAAAAGGCAGAGGAAUGGUGGAUUCUUUCUCUCUCUCUCUCCUGGGGCUGGGAAACCCUUCUUCUCCUGCCGUUGGACAUCAGAACUCUGGGCUCCUCGGCCUUUGGGCUCCAGGACUUAUACCAGCCCUCCCUGGGUUCUCAGGCUUUUGUCCAUGAACUGAGAGUGACACCAUCAGCUUUCCUGGUUCUGAGGCCUUCGAACUUGGACUGAGCCACAUUAGUGACAUCCCUGGGUCUCCAGCUUGCAGAUGGUCUAUUGUGGGACCUCUCCAUAAUCGCCUGAGCCAAUUCUCCUGAUAAAUCUCCUCUCAUAUGUCUAUAUUUUCUAUUGAUUCUAUCUUUCUGGAGAAGUCAAAUACACACACUACCUUCAAGCACUGUUCUAAGUACUACAGAGAUAGGCAAUGAUGAGCAAAAUAUAGACAUGAUUCCUGUCUUUACAACCCUUGCUGUCUAGGCUCAUGAUUUUUAAACAUUUCAACUGGUACACACUUACCACACAAUGAUAAAGAUUUGAUGUAUCUUUAGUACAUGAUGUACUCUGAUGUUUUCUAUUUUAUUCAUGUUUUUUCCUAAAGUAAAAGGGCUGUCACAACCUGCUAGUUGAUUUUAUGAGCCAUGACUGCUCAGAUUAUUCUUGCAGUUUGAAAACCAUUGACCCAGUGCAGAGGUUCGGAAUCUCUUCUCUGUCAUGGAUUCCUCAAAAACAUAUUUUACAAUGCACAAAACAAUGUAUAUAGGAUUAGAAAGGAAACCCAGUACCUUAAAGUGCAAUUACAAGAAUAUUUUAGUAAAUGAAUGUGUCAUAUAUUAAUAUGUGUGCUUCAUUAUUAAUGCAUUCAACACAAGAUCUGACAACCAACUCAUAUUGCUGUAAUUUUGAAGUGAUGAGCAGAAAUGCUAUUUUUAGAAUUCUGCAACUGUAAUGUGAUAUGAAAAUAUCUAUGAUUAUUAUUAGUUACAAAGUCAUAGGCACUGCUAAUACUACUUUUGAGUGUCACAUUCAUGAUUGAAGGAAUGCUACAUUUCAGGUUAGUGAAAACAAAGAAAUGUUUUUUCACCAUCCAAAUUAACAAAUCCCAAAAUGUCUGUGGAUCCCCAGAUAGGAAUCCCUGGUCUAAUGAAUCCACAUUUUAUCUCAGUAAUACC